CUUAUUUGGGGGUGGCGGGGAGCGUGGGUCAAAUUGAGGCGGGGUUGUCUGGAAAAGAGAACUCGGGAACACAGUUGGGCGCGACUCAUUCCGACGCAAUGUGGCGGUCCUGCUGUUUACUGGUCGUGCUGGGCUCGCUUCCGGUGGGCGCCCAGUUCCCCAGAGAGUGCGUGACCCCUGAGGGGCUCCAGAGCGGCCAGUGUUGCCCGUCCCCGCCGGGCCUCGACGCAGGACCGUGCGGCUCCAGCGCGGGCCGCGGCCAAUGCACGACCAUCGCGGCGGAUGCGCGACCCCACGGCCCCCAAUACCCGCACGACGGUCGUGACGACAGAGAGCGCUGGCCGGUCCGCUUCUUCAACAGGACGUGCCGCUGCAGCGGCAAUUUCAGCGGCUACAACUGUGGACGGUGCAGACACGGCUGGUCCGGAGUCAACUGUGACCAGAGAGUGUCUGUGGUGAGAAGAAAUGUAAUGCAGCUCAAUGCCGCAGAGAAGCGAGCCUUUGUCAACGCGCUGGACCAAGCCAAGCGCACGGUGCACCCGGAUCUGGUGAUCGCGACCCGGCGCCACGCCGAGAUCCUCGGGCCUGAUGGCAACAGCACACGCUUCGAGAACAUCUCCAUCUAUAACUACUUUGUGUGGAGCCAUUACUACUCCGUCGGCAAGACGUUCCUUGGCGCCGGCCAACCCAGUUUCGGAGGGGUGGAUUUCUCCCAUGAGGGUCCCGGGUUCGUCACUUGGCACCGGUACCACCUGCUCCAGCUGGAACGAGACAUGCAAGACAUGCUGCAAGAGCCCACGUUCGCCCUGCCCUACUGGAACUUUGCCAUCGGCGGCAGCACGUGCGACAUUUGCACAGAUGACCUGAUGGGAGCCCGGAGCAGCUUCGACGCCGACUCGCUCAGUCCCAACUCCGUCUUUUCUCAGUGGCGGGUCAUCUGCGAGAGCGUGGCCGACUAUGACACUCUGGGAACCAUCUGCAACAGCACCGAGACGUCUCCGAUAAGAAGGAACCCGGGGGGCAACGUCAAUAGACCGAUGGUCCAGCGUCUCCCGGAACCUCAGGAUGUGGCCGACUGUCUGCAAGUCAGCACUUUUGAUACGGCGCCGUUCUACUCCACUUCCUCGGAAAGCUUCAGAAACACCAUAGAAGGCUAUAGUGCCCCCCAGGGGAACUAUGACCCCGCAGUAAGGAGCCUCCAUAACCUGGCCCACUUGUUCCUGAACGGCACCGGGGGCCAGACCCACCUUUCGCCCAACGACCCCAUCUUCGUCCUGCUCCACACCUACACGGACGCUAUCUUCGACGAGUGGCUGCGGAGACACAGCCCAGGGUCGGCUGUGUAUCCUGACCAAAAUGCCCCAAUUGGUCAUAACCGGGGCUACAAUAUGGUUCCUUUCUGGCCUCCUGUGACCAAUGCCGAGAUGUUCGUGACCGCCCCCGAAAACCUCGGCUACUCUUACGAAGCCGAAUGGCCAGGUCAACCUUUCACGCUGACUGAAAUGAUCACGAUGGGCAUCAUCGCCGCCCUGGUGGUUGUCGGCGCCAUCUUCGUGGCCACCACUUGUGCCGUACGCGCCCGGUCCCGUAAGGUGGAGGGAUUCCAGCCGCUGCUUGGGGAUCAGUACCAGCGGUACGAUGACGGCAAAAGCCAGUCAGCCCUCUGAGCUCAGGCUUCACCCACAUGCCUCAUAAUCAAAUUACUUUAACUUUAAGACCAUUCAAAACCAAUCUAAUUGAACGCUAUCAGGAUGCAGGAGAAUAAUUCUGCCUUUGGAGAACCAAUGUUUAGGAUUUAUCGUCUUCCACGUGAACCAACAUAAGCACUCCCUUGGAAUUUUUUUUUAAUUAAGAAUUCAAAAUAACACGACUCAAGUAAUACUAAAAAAAGAGCCAUCCAAAUAAUUAGGUGAGUAAGUAUUCAUUUGUCACUGUCCUGUGACAAACAUUUUUUUAAUUUGUAAAAUGUUUACAUGAAUGCAUGUGGCACGGUGGGCAACUGCUUAGCACGUCCACCUCACAGUGUAGAGGUUGUGGGUUCGAAUCUGGCCCCUUCCUGUGUGCAGUUUGCAUGUUCUCUGUCUGCUUGAGUAGGUUUUGGCAGGGUAGUCCGGUUUCCUCCCACGUUCUGAAAACAUGCAUGGCAUGUUAAUGGAUUAAUCAAAAUCUUCCCUAGGCGUGACUGUGAGUGUGAAUGUGAAUGGUUGUUUCUCUAUGUGUGCCCUGCGAUUGUCUGGCCAGCAGUUCAAGGUGUACCACACCUGCUACCUGAAGGAAGGUGGGAUAGGCUCCACCACACCCCCAACUCUCGCGAGGAUAAGUGGAUCAGAUAAUGGAUAGAUAGAUAUUAAUGCGUUAUGGAUAUUCCAUUCAUGUUUUGUUUUGUUGACAAAAAUGGACAUACCCGUGUUUCACAGGACAGCGAUACAUUGAAGAAAAAAAACUAAUCAAGUAUUGAGUAGCUAGGAACCUACGUUUGAUUUUUUUAAUUAGUGCAAGUAGACAAAAACAGAAACAGGGAAUGUGCAAAUGUGUAUGCAUUAUAAUUAUAGUCAUAAAUUAAUUCUUUGUAAAAUGAAGAUGAAGGCAACAUCGCUAUUUUCGUCAUUUAAAGUGAUAAAAGAAAAUAAUUGUUUUUAACACCAUUUCAGCAGAAAUUAAAGACAUCAAUAGCCUCAUUAACACGAUAUUUCAUUUAUUUUUGAUUUUGUGUCGAAAACUGGCGUCAAACAUUGGUAAUGGCACAAUUUUGUCCGCAGGGAGCGCCAUAUCACCGCAAGUGUACUGGUACGGGACAUGAUCAGCAUGAGACCCUUUGUUUCCAACAAAUGGAAAUGUGAUGCAUGUAUUGUUGCGUUUCCGUGGUUCUUGAGCUGCUAAAUUAUUGUUUUUCUUUAGUUUUGUCGCCAUGAAAUACUGUUUAGUUAGCUAACACGACUAGAGAGCAAGAACUGGAACAUUUACAUUGAUUUAGAGAAAUACUAAAAGCACAGAAUUUAAUUAAAUGUUGCUUCCUAUGUA